UAGUCCUCCCAGUAUGCAGCGCGAAUCCACCUACCUAGCAUCCUAAAGAUGAUGGCCAUGCAGACUGCGCCUGGGGACAGACGGCACGACUCCUCAAAAGUCUGGGUAGCAAUGAAAAGAUUCGACCUUAACGAUAGCAGAAUAAUCUCACUGAAGGAGAUCCAUAUUCCCUGUGGUUCAGAAUCAGCAGCUGUGAAAGAGAUUCUUUGCCACUCCUUCAGACUGAACAGUUCCACCGCUGUAUUCAAGAUGCGCAACAUGAAUGGAUCCUUGAUACCAAUAAACAGUGACUUAACAGAAAACAGCAAGCACAAGCCUUACAUCUUGGAGGUGGUGAACAUUUUCCAACAUGUUGUCCCCAGGUCUCGCACAGUUGCUAUCACGGUUAUUAAUAAAAGCAUGAAGAACAGACUGCAGAACAUCACAAGGAGGAUCGAAAGACUGGAAGAGCUUGUGCCUGAAAUAAAGCUGAGACACCAAGAGAAAAUCAAUCAGGAGAUGGAGUUCCUGAGGCAGAAGCUUGUAUUUCUGAACCAGAGAAUGCAGAUGGCCGAUUCCCAUUCUUGGACUGGCAUGUUCAGACGACCACCCCUGUGGUGACAUCCAGCGGACAUUCACCCGCUUCAAGGCCACCCAUUUUGUUUAAUUAACAUAGUGAGAGGUUUUAAAAUGAUAAAUGUUUCAGCUUGAAGUUCUAUGUAGUAUCUAGCUGUCAGCCAAGUGUGCCAGUAUUGAGCUUUCUUCAGCAAGAAAUUGUGCUUCAAAAUGAAAAAUGGUGAAUCAGGCUGUUAUGUUAUGUAGAGCAGCAACAGAUGGGCCUUUACACAUCAGGGUGUGUGGAAAAAGUGGGGGGGGGGGGG